AUGACGGAAAUCAAACAGGAGGAAGAAAGACUGGCAGACUGCAUAUUCCUCGACUGUCAGAAAGCAUUUGAUACGGUCCUGCCCGAAGGACUCCUACUCAAACUUCAGACGCAGGCUGGAGUAUCGGGAAGAGUCGCAAAGAGACCAUUCCUCGCACGGUGCCAGGGGGCCACCGUGCUUCUCACCAGGAGACCAUUCCUCGCACGGUGCCAGGGGGCCACCGUGCUUCUCACCAGGAGACCAUUCCUCGCACGGUGCCAGGGGCCACCGUGCUUCUCACCAGGAGACCAUUCCUCGCACGGUGCCAGGGGGCCACCGUGCUUCUCACCAGGAGACCAUUCCUCGCACGGUGCCAGGGAGCCACCGUGCUUCUCACCAGGAGACCAUUCCUCGCACGGUGCCAGGGGCCACCGUGCUUCUCACCAGGAGACCAUUCCUCGCACGGUGCCAGGGGGCCACCGUGCUUCUCACCAGGAGACCAUUCCUCGCACGGUGCCAGGGGGCCACCGUGCUUCUCACCAGGAGACCAUUCCUCGCACGGUGCCAGGGGGCCACCGUGCUUCUCACCAGGAGACCAUUCCUCGCACGGUGCCAGGGGGCCACCGUGCUUCUCACCAGGAGACCAUUCCUCGCACGGUGCCAGGGGGCCACCGUGCUUCUCACCAGGAGACCAUUCCUCGCACGGUGCCAGGGAGCCACCGUGCUUCUCACCAGGAGACCAUUCCUCGCACGGUGCCAGGGGGCCACCGUGCUUCUCACCAGGAGACCAUUCCUCGCACGGUGCCAGGGAGCCACCGUGCUUCUCACCAGGAGACCAUUCCUCGCACGGUGCCAGGGGGCCACCGUGCUUCUCACCAGGAGACCAUUCCUCGCACGGUGCCAGGGGGCCACCGUGCUUCUCACCAGGAGACCAUUCCUCGCACGGAGACCAUUCCUCGCACGGUGCCAGGGGGCCACCGUGCUUCUCACCAGGAGACCAUUCCUCGCACGGUGCCAGGGGGCCACCGUGCUUCUCACCAGGAGACCAUUCCUCGCACGGUGCCAGGGAGCCACCGUGCUUCUCACCAGGAGACCAUUCCUCGCACGGUGCCAGGGGGCCACCGUGCUUCUCACCAGGAGACCAUUCCUCGCACGGUGCCAGGGGGCCACCGUGCUUCUCACCAGGAGACCAUUCCUCGCACGGUGCCAGUGGGCCACCGUGCUUCUCACCAGGAGACCAUUCCUCGCACGGUGCCAGGGAGCCACCGUGCUUCUCACCAGGAGACCAUUCCUCGCACGGUGCCAGGGGGCCACCGUGCUUCUCACCAGGAGACCAUUCCUCGCAGGGUGCCAGGGAGCCACCGUGCUUCUCACCAGGAGACCAUUCCUCGCACGGUGCCAGGGGGCCACCGUGCUUCUCACCAGGAGACCAUUCCUCGCACGGUGCCAGGGGGCCACCGUGCUUCUCACCAGGAGACCAUUCCUCGCACGGUGCCAGGGGGCCACCGUGCUUCUCACCAGGAGACCAGUCCUCGCACGGUGCCAGGGGGCCACCGUGCUUCUCACCAGGAGACCAUUCCUCGCACGGUGCCAGGGGGCCACCGUGCUUCUCACCAGGAGACCAUUCCUCGCACGGUGCCAAUAAAGCUCCACUCCAAGCGAGGUAGUAAAGCCACCAAUGGUGUUAGUAAAGCCACCAAUGGUGUUAGUAAAGCCACCAAUGGUGUUAGUAAAGCCACCAAUGGUGUCAGUAAAGCCACCAAGGGAGGUAGUAAAGCCACCAAGGGAGGUAGUAAAGCCACCAAUGGUGUUAGUAAAGCCACCAAUGGUGUUAGUAAAGCCACCAAUGGUGUUAGUAAAGCCACCAAGGAAGGUCUUAAAGCCACCAAGAGAGGUCAUAAAGCCACCAAUGGUGUUAGUAAAGCCACCAAUGGUGUUAAUAAAGCCACCAAGGGAGGUAGUAAAGCCACCAAGGGAGGUCAUAAAGCCACCAAGAGAGGUCAUAAAGCCAGCAAGGGAGGUCGUAAAGCCACCAAUGAGGUCUUCCAAUGA